AUGUGCUUGCUCGGGAAUGCUGUCUUUGGAGUUGCAGCUCCGCCGUCUCUCCCUCCAUCGGCCAUGGGCACGAUGGCUCGAGUAUUUUCAGGUAAGACAAGUCGCCCGUGCCGCUAUGCUAGAGCUCGCGCGCGGGAUCAGCACCCCUGGCGGUGUGGGGCGCAUCGGUGCCGUGCCCAGAGUGCUCUCCCACCGUGUCCUGUCCAGCGGUGCCGGCGGCCACUGGCCACCUGCGUCUGCGCGACGCUCUCGCCGUUGGUUGUGGCGGGAGGUGCCUUGCUGCUGGCGCUGAUCAUCCUCAGGGUGUACCUCCUCGGCGCAGUGUGGAACCUCUCCACUCGGUCGGAGUCGCGGCUUGGCCCGAGGUGUGAGCUUGCGUUCCCCGCGGAGACGCCGCAGCUGACGUUCGAGGAGCAGGCGAGGGCGCAGUUGACCUACCUGCAAAGGCGAUCUACGGGUGCUCGGCUGGCGUGA